CAGAAUAAAUUAUUUAAAAUGUUUCAGAUGGCUAAAGAACACAACUUCAAGUCAAAGAAUGAACGUUCAAUUGGGCUGGGUACUCCAGGAGCAGGGAGGCCAAAAAGUCUCAAGAGAAAAACUAAAGACAGCGAGGACAGUUUUGCCUCCUACUUUGAUGGUGUUGACCACAAUAUUGUAGAGGAAGACGACUCGACUCCGUCUCCCGAGAGAACCACAAUGGCUCUCUUCGAAGUAGAUCCAUUUGAGUUCAUGACUACUCGGAGAGCUAGUGGCAACCGGACUUAUAACCGCGGGGCUCGACACAGUCCCACCACUGACUCACCUAAUAACAUUGACAGGUGGCAUAGAUGGUCCUCAGAUGAGCAAUAUCCGAGGGUGUUUACCAGAGCACCCCCUGACUCGGGGUCGGAAGUCGUCAAACUGCAGUCUUUGGAGGCUUCAGAAUCAGUGUUUCUGGUUGACAAUGAUGAUGACGAUGAAGAACCGUUAUUGCUAGUUUCCAGACGUCCGAGAUUUUUCAUCACUUAUCCACCUGAAAAUCUUGGUUCCACACCGUGGAGUCAAAAUGCUCGACGUUGGCGGAACAGGCCAGAAAAUCAUUUUUUACAUAAACACACCCAGCAGACAAUGUGGGACGGAUGGAGAAAACUGGGAAUACUCGAGGAUAGAAAGAAGAAAAAGGAGUUAGAAAAGCAUUGGAACAAACUGGUUGAGGAGGAGAAAGAAUUCCAAAAAGAGUUGAAAGAGCGGUUAAUGAAAAGAAAGGUUCUGCGAGCAUCUUUGUCAGUGGGGCUCAACAGCACAGUAAGUGGCAACGGCACUGUCCACCACAUAGACUCUACAACGUCCAUCUCUGUGUUGGACUCCGUGCUGGAACGCAACACUGCAGUCAGCUGAUACUUGCAAUAUUACUUCUCAUUGGAAAGAUAACUUAAACUGCUGAUGGCGUGGACUAAUAUAUGGGAAAACUUCCUUUAGAGACUGAUUUCUCCAUGAGAUCUUUAUGAGAUUCGAGUCGUUUUAUGACUUUCACUUGUUUUAUACUUUGUGUACCCUUUUGUUAUUGAUAUUAUUUAGACGUUUGAUACGACAAGUUUUUUUCAGUGACGGUUUUGUGUUUAUUUUUUUUAUUUUUGCAAUUAUAAGUGUCAUGAGACUGAAUUAUUUUCUGUACUAAGUUUCCAGAGCUAUUGUAAAAGUCUCUCUUGAUAUUGGAACAAUUAUAAAAAAAUAU